AUGCAUAAUAAAAAGGGGAAUUCAAAGUACGGAGAUAAAAAAGGAGGAUCAAAUGGAGCAAAAGAAAAAGGAAGUAAUGACAACAAAAAUGAUGGGAAACAUAAUAAAUCAGAUGAGAAUUUAAAUAAUGUUGUAAGUACAAGUGAACGUAGAAUAUUAUUUUAUAAAACAAAAAUAUGUCCAUGGUAUAUUAAAGGAAAGUGUGAGAGAAGAAAAACCUGUUUAUAUGCACAUGCUCAAAAUGAAUUAAGAGAAUUACCAAACUUAUGUAAAACUAGUUUAUGUCCAAAAUUAAAAAUAAAUGAAGCAUGUAAUGAUAAAAAAUGUAAAUAUGCACAUACAAAUAUUGAACUAAGAGCAACUGAAAAUUUAUAUAAAACAGCUUUAUGUGAAAGUUAUAGUAAAGGUAAAUGUUUUUCAGGACAGUUUUGUAGAUAUGCUCAUGGACUAAAUGAACUAAGAGAAAAUCCAAUGGAAAUAACAGAUAAAAAUAUAAUUAUAGGUACAUGUAAAACAAAAAAUGAAAAUAUAAAUAAUAAUAAAUCUGAAUAUGAUAAAAAGAAAGGCGGAACAGAUAGUAGUAGUACUGGUGAUAAUUCAAAAAGGAAUGAAACAUAUUGUGUAUUCCCUAAAAAAAAAGAAAGAAAUAGUGGAUCUAAUAAAUAUAAUAAUGUAUUAACAGAAGAUGAUGGAGCAGAUUCAGCUGAUCACCAUGCGGUCAAUGAUACAAACAGUGGUGAGCACAACCAUGAAUAUAAAAAUAAAUCUACAAAACAAAACACAAAAAAUGGAAAUAAAAAUUCACAAAAUAAUAAUAAAAUGGGUGACAAUAGCAAUGGUAAUGAGACCAUUGUAGGGAAUAACAACGGAAAUAAUAACAAAAGGAUGAACAAAAAAAUGACAAAACAAGCAAACAAGGCAAUGAAUAAGCAAAUUGAAAAUGGAAUAGAAAAUCAAGUUAAUAAGCAAAAUGAAGAAAUAUCAGAAUAUAGAAAUAAACAUUAUAAUGGAAAGAAUAUAAAAUAUGAUAAUUCAAAUAGUAAUCAUAAAAAUGGACAUAAUAAUGUAAAUAAUAUGGUGGGAGGAGCAUUACCAAAUUAUUUAAAACAUGAAGAUAAUUCUAAAUUUAAUGAAGAACAAUUUUUAAAUGACAAUCUAAACGUUUUAUCAUUUUUAGAGGAUAAUAGUAGUUCUAUAGAAAAGUUUCGAAAAAAUUAUUCGAGUGGAAUUUCAAAUGAAGUUGUAGUAAAUGGACGUGUUGAAAUGGUUGAUGAAAAUUAUAAUAAUAAUAAAGGUGGGUUAGAUAAUAAAAAUAUAUUAAUAUGUGAUAAAGAAAGUAAAAAUAAUAAUUUAACAGGAUCUAUAAAUUAUAUUAAAAAUGUAAAUAAUCCAAUUAUAAAUAGUGUAUCAAAUAAUAAUAUUGCAAAUUAUCCUUCACCUCUAUUAAAAUUUAAUAUUCCAAAUUUGGUUGAAGGAGAUGAAAUAAAUAAUUUAGCUCUACAUCCUAAUAUAAAUAAUGAAAUUGAUAAUAUUAGAAAUAUGAAUUAUUAUAAAUAUCCAGGAAUGAAUAACAUAGUUAAUUAUAGUAAUUAUGAGUUUGAAAACAAUAAUAAUCGAGUGAUGGAUAAUGAAAAUGGUAGUAUUUCUAUGGGUAUGCCAGAACAUGUUUUAAAUAAGAAUAUAAGGAAUGGUGAAUCAGAACAUAAUUUUUAUAUAAAUAAUAGAAGAGAAAUGGAUAUAGAAAUGCAUCAAAGAAAUAAUAUUAUGAGUAAUGUAAAUUAUAUAUGUGAUAAUAAUUUAGUUUGGAAUGGAAAUAAUGAUAAGUAUGAGCAUUGGGGUAAUGAGCAACCUAAUGAGAAAUUUGAAGGUUGGGAAAAUUAUGCAGGGUUUGAAAAAGAAAAACCAUUUAAUUCGGAGCAAGAUUAUUUUAAAAUAUUUAAUUAUGGAAUGUGUAAUAAUGUUAGUAACAAGUUUAAUAAUUGUGAUCCCCAUAAAAAUCAGAUCGAUAAGUACGACAACUCUCUAUUCAUUCUGUAG